AUGGCGGAACCAUUAAAUUUUUUUGGUGUCUUAGUCCAUCAGCUGUUGUUGCACAAAUUCAGAGGGGAGAAGACUGACGAAGUCCAUUUUUAUAUUGAGAAAAAACGAUGUAGAUUUAGCCAAUUGGAGUUCGCUUUAGUUACUGGUUUAAAUUUCGAGGCCGGACCGUCUGAAGCUGAGAUUAAAGCGAAGACCACUUCGGAUCGGUUGAUUUUUGAGCACUUCAAUGGUCAUUCCCCAGUGAGCAUAGGGCAACUGCGCAAAACUUUUGAGAGUUGUCAAAUAGUUGAUGAUGUGUACAAGAUGAGUUUGUGUUUAUUAGUAGAGGGUGUUUUGAAAGGUCGUGAGGAGAAGUUGAUGGUUUGGACUGACAUGCUGAAGAUGGUAGAUGACGUUGACUUCUUUUUCCAGUACCCGUGGGGUAAGAUAUCAUACCAGAAGUUGUUACAAACUUGUCAAAAAGAAUUUGUAGAAAUGAAGAAGCAUUUACAGAAGAAGAUUGAGAAAGGAAAGACUCAGAAGGAGGCCAAGUACUCUAUUUAUGGGUAUGUUGCAGCAUUGCAGUAUUUGGCUUUUUAG